AUGGACAUGAUGCAUGAACUUUUCUGCAUCAUGCGUAAGCCAGAUACGACGUACGGCCUAUAUGAAGCUCGACUUCAUACAGGAAAACCAUUGAUCCUCGACUUGGGAUGCGGCACCGGAAUUUGGGCACUGGAUAUGGCUGCCAAGUACCCAGACGGCAAAGUCAUUGGGCUAGACUUGAACUUUUGGCAACCGGAAAGCAUCCCACCCAAUACCGUGUUCAAGCGCCAAAAUAUCGAAGAGCGCCAAUGGGAUAUGGAGUCAGACUCUGUUAAUCUCAGUCACAUUAGAAUAUAUUUAAAGCCCGGCGAAGGGGUAAUCGAGCACGUGGAAAUUGAUUGGGAACCCUUGAGUGAUAACAACAGUUUACCAUCGGAUUCAAAAUUCCGGCUAGAGUUCAAUGACGUCAACUUGGCUUACGAAGAUGCUGGACAGCCUAUUAGCCUUAAAUCAUCACCAAAGUCCUGGCUCGAGGAAGCAGGAUUCGUUGACAUAAGGUGUAACAUUAAAGAAAUCCCAUGCCAUCCGUGGCCCCGUGAUAAAAGUUUUAAGGAGGCCGGAACAUUCUUCCAAACCGCAGCAAUCACAUACAGGGGCAUGGAAGCAUUGAGUAUGGCGCCUCUCACUCGAUACAGGCAAUUCACCAAAGAACAGGUCACUGCCCUUGUUCAAGGUGUCGAACAAGAACUCCGCACUGAAUCUAAGAGAGCGCACUGCCGUAUAUGA